UCUUUCUACCGCCCUUCCAGAAUCCCCCAAAGAGCAGUGGAAGAAGAAUAAUGACUGCUAGACCAAGAAGAACACGCCUCGCUGUCUUUUCAAAAGGUGGCCGACCGCCAUAUCAUCAUGUCUCGGAUGUUGGGAACCACUGCUUUCUUGGGCUCCCCUGCACCUGUCUCAGAACAGUAUGCCUGCAUUCAAUUUAACCAUGAAUGCAGAUUCGACGAUGAAAGUCGGCCAGUAUCUUUAUGCCUUCUCCACGGACUACCACAGCACUUGUCCGCCAGCAACCGCGUCAGCAAAUAAUGUAACUCAAUAAUUAGCAGAGAGAUUAUGACUUGCGUACUUGCAUUCGCUUGUCGGGAGCAGAAACGCGUCUCUCCCAACAAAAGGGGGCUUUCCUUUUCCUCUAUUCUCCACAAAUGUGUCGGAUGUCUGCAGAGAAGGAUGCGUGGAAGCUUUUCUCCAUGGCUGUAUACAUGGACGGAGAUUGGAGUGUACGAUAUGGGAUUGUUCUCCUGGACAAGAGGCGCGUGCUCCAGAACAACAACCACAAUAACCACAACAACACCUCCUGCCUCCCUCCUUCACUCUCCCACCUCAGCCUCACAAAGGCCCAUAGGAGUCGAACCACAGAGCCCUGUCAAUGGCCUUAUUGGCUUCUUUAUUUGGUUCUGUACACAGGAGACUCGCUCGCUGGCAGCUGCAGCAGCUUCCCGCGACAAGAGAAGCCUCCCCAUGCAGCUUUCCGUCCUUUCCCUGGCCUCCAGGCCUUGUUGGCAGCGGCCUUAGCAAGCCACCGCCGUUGAGGCAUGUGUCGAUUGGCCCGGGAAGCCCGUCUUGACGUUGCUCCGGCGGCUGAGGUCAACCCGGUCUACCGUCGAGUUUUCCUCAUCCUAACACGGC